AUGUGCUGGACCGUCGCACAUCAUUACUUUGAUGAUGCGCUGGUUGAGGUUCUAAGGACUGCUGCAAAACUAUAUGAUGAUAAGCUGAUGGACUGGGUUGCUAAAGGUAAAUCUGCGGACGAUGUGUUCAAGACUUUGAACGUUAUGCCUUCAGUAUACGAACCUUUGACGACACCCAGGCUUUUUCAGGUGGCUUGCGUUGUUCGUUGUGAAAGACAUAAGCUACAGAUUUGGGCUGAUUACGCCCAGUGGCUUAAUAUUCCCAAACCGUAUGAGAUCAUGGUCAACAAGCUGGUGAAACAAAUUAAUGAGGUAAAACUUGAUGAGGUACAACUUGCCUCAAAACUUUGUGCGAAGGCCGAUUCUGACGAACUGGCAAGCAAGUUGCUGGAAGAGCUGUUUAAAAUGUGGACAGCUAAGGGCCGGGUCAGCUUCAAUCCUAACGUUAUCGAGGACACGACAGAGUUCAAGAUGAUGUUAAAACGGUACCAGGACUAUCAGAAAAGAGCCGAGACCGCGAAUGACCAUUGA